GAAGAAUUUAACAAUAGAGCUGAGCAAAGAGGAAAACGAUCUGAACAAAAAGACAAAGGAGUGGAACAAAGAGAAGGAUGAGCUGAACAAAAAGAAAGAACAGCUAAGUAAAAACACAAAGGAGCUGAACACAGAAAAAGAGAAGCUGAACAAAAGGAAAGAUGAGCUGACAAAAUUGAAAGCAGAACUGAGCCAAGAGAAAAAGGGGCUGACAAAGAAAAUGAACAAAGAGAAUGAGGAGCUGAACAAAAUCAAAGAUGAUCUGAGCAAAAAGAGAGCAGAGCUGAGCAAAACAACAGAUGAGCUGAGCAAGGAGAAAGCAGGGCUGAACAAAGAGAAAGACGAGUUGAGCAAACAGAAAAGGGAGCUGAGCAAAGAGAAAGACAAAAUGGACAAAGAGAAAGAUGAACUGAACAAAUACAAAGAUGAGGUGAGCAAAGAAAAAAAGGAGCUGAGCAAAAAAAAUGAUGAACUGAACAAAUACAAAGACAAGCUGAGCAAAGAAAAAAAGGAGCUGAGCAAAGAAAAUGAUGAACUGAGUAAUAAGAGAAAUGAGCUGAACAAAGAGAAAGAUGAACUGAACAAAAAGAAAGACGACCAGAGCAAAACGAAAGCAGAGCUGAGCAGGAAGACAGAGGAGUUGAACAAAGAGGAAAAUAAUCUGAAUAAAAAGAAAUUGGAGCUGAACAAACAGAACGAAGAGCUGAAAAAAAAGAAAGUGGAUCUGAGCAAAGAGAAAACAAAGCUGGUCAAAGAGAAAGAAGAGCUGAACAAAAAGAAAGUAGAUCUGAGCAAAGAGACAGCGGGGCUGGACAAAGAGAAACAGGAGUUUAGUAAAAAGAAAGUGGAUCUGAACAAAGUGAAAACGGAUCUAAACAAAAAGAAAGAGGAGCUAAACAAAGAGACAGUGAAUCUGAGCAAAAAGACAGAGCAGCUGAGCAAAGAGACAAAGGAGCUGAACGAACAGAAAGCGGAUCUGAACACAAUGAAAACGGAUCUGAACAAAAUGAAACAGGAGCUGAACAAAGAGAAAGUGGAGCUGAAUGAAGAGAAAGGAAAUCUGAGCGUAUUGAGAAAGGAGUCAGAGAUUCGAUGCAAAGAGAGAGAGGCCCUGAAGACCUUCUACGACUAUGUCAUGAAAUUUCACAAUUUUCCUGUUGAAGAAUUCUGCCCUCUAAAUAUGAGACCAAAGUGUGAGGAUUGCAGGGUAAAGGAGCCAUCAUACAAUGGACACUGCUACUGGAUUCAGGAUGACUUAAUAAGUUCGAUGACCUGGGAUUUAGGUCGAAAGUGGUGCAAUUUAUAUGGUUCAGAUUUGGUUGUAAUUGAUGAUCUGGAGGAGCAGGAAUUUAUCACCCUUCAAAUAAAAUACCACGAAGCUGGGAAAGGAUUCUGGUUAGGGUUACAUCAUACACCAGGCGGAUGGGUCUGGAUUGAUGGACGUAAGAACACCCUUGAGAUGGAGAACAACAGCGACGACAGUGACUCUGCUACAGUCAAUGUCAACAAUGCCAAACAUCCUCUUACAUGCAAGUGACUCUAUACAUAUUUUACAUUUUAUGAGGAUUAAAAAGUAACAAUAUUGU